AUGGACAAAGCGGAGGCCCCGCUGGCGCCACCGGAAGCCGUAGCCGCGGAAGGCUUGAGGGAGUCAGACGUCGCCGCCGAGGGAGCUGACAGAACCCCCGAGAGCCCUGCGACCGUCGCGGAACACAAGAGGAAGCGCGAGAAGUUGGAGGCGGAGGAGCCACCCCAUGAGGUGGCGGAGGGCGAAUCUGUGACCGUCGAGACCGCAGCGGUGGAAGCCGAGGCGGAGCCCGCGGAGAGGGAGAACGGCGUCGCAGCUGAUGAGCAUGAGGACCAGGGAGUCACAUCGGAGACUGCAGAUGGCGACACGACGGGCGACGGGAAGAGACAGCGUCUGGAGGAAGAAACUGACGUUGCGGGUAUUGAGGAAUUUCUCCAUUCUGCCAUUUUCUGCUUAUCUGUAUCUCUGCGAUUCUACGUGAUUGGCUUCUAGGGUUUUCGUUUUCACUCUAUUUUACGCCAGUUUUUUCGAUGAUUUGUUCUGAUCUCACUGCCUCCGUUUAUCUUCAGACGCGGGCCAUAGGACUACUGAGUUGGAGACUCAAGUAGGGAAUGGCCAUGCCCCUCCCGUUGAAAUUUUUCAAUCCCCAACUGUGGACACUAUUCAGGAGACUACUACAUCUGUUUCUCAAGAAGUCAUCGGUCCAUCUGAAGGGCAGCAGCACACACCCGAGGGCCUCACCACCUCCCGAAGAAUUGAAGUUCCGAACAACAAGGUGUAUUUAUAAAUAUUUUUAAUAUUUAAAUUAUUUUCUUAAUUCGGAUAUUACCAGGGGAGAGACUGCUUCUAUUUCCUCUUAAUCUUUAAUCACGCCCCUUGGUUUUCUUAUUCCCCUGCCAAUAGUAGUGAUGGCUUUCCCCGUUAAAAUAGAUUAAUGUUUGCGAUUAAUAGCAUCUAUCUGUGGUGUGUGAAGUCAGGUGCAUAUGUCAUGGGGAAAGGCAGUGUAUUAGUUGGAAAUAUACAUGAUGGAUUCGUCUGGUAGUAGCUAGCUUAAACUAGGAAGAAAUGCUAUUUUAUUAUACUUGAUCAAGUAGAAAAGCAUCAUUGACUUAUGACUUCUUACUUAUCACAUAUCCACGUAAGCAUAUGCUCCGCUCUGUCUUAUUUUCUUGAUAAUGCUCGAGCACAAUGGAAAAGCAUGCUAAAUUAUUAUGAAACAACUUGAUACAGGUUGGUGUCCUCAUUGGUAAAGCUGGAGAAACCAUCAAGUUCUUGCAAUUCAAUACAGGAGCUAAAAUUCAAAUCACGAGGGAUGCUGAGGCUGAUCCACAUGCCACUACCCGGCCAGUAGAACUGAUUGGGACGAUUGAGAGCAUCAGCAAGGCUGAAAAACUGAUCAAAGAUGUCAUAGCUGAGGUUCGUUUAUUCCUAAUGCUUACAUUUCUUUAUCUCGUGGGUAUUUUUUUUCUCUUUUUCCUUCUAAUGUUUCUAAUUCAGCUGAAUUUUUUUAUUUAUUAUAUAUGAUUAAUUUCAUUUCCUUCUUUUUCUCGACGAAUUUGUGUAUAGUGUUUUGAUUCAUUUAAUCAUGCCAAUAUUACUCGAGCUUGCAUGGUUUUUGCAGAGGUUACAAUGUGUAGUUUGAUCAUGUUUUUUCUCUUGAAGACUCUAAAUCGUUUUUUAAUUCGUCAGGCUGAUGCAGGCGGUUCCCCUGCUCUUGUGGCCAGAGGUUUUGGCACAUCACAACCUGGUGCAGAGCAACUUCAAAUACAAGUUCCUAAUGAGAAGGUGAAAAUUCUGACAAUGAAAAUUUAUACCACGAAAUUUUUCGGUAACCUUUUUCUGCACCUGCAUGAAUUUUAUAGGUUGGAUUAAUUAUUGGUAAAGGUGGUGAAACCAUAAAAAACCUACAGACCAGAUCAAGAGCUCGCAUUCAGGUAGGCAGGCUUUUUACUUGGAUUUGAUAUAUAAGUGGAGCCAUUUACUCGUGUUGACAUUGAUGAGUACUAAAACGUAUUUUUCGCCAAUCAGUUGAUUCCGCAACAUCUUCCUGAAGGAGAUAUCUCGAAGGAAAGAACUGUGCGUAUAACUGGUAACAAGGAACAGAUUGAAGCUGCAAUCGAAAUGAUUAAACAAGUCAUGAACCAGGUAGGUUCUGAGUUUUCUGGAUGAUGUGGCAUUAAAGAUGAAUCUCUAAUACCUAGUAUAAAUCUGGUUAUCCUUGCCAUUGCAUAGUGUAGUUACACUAAUUAUCCAAUGAUCUAGUCGUGAAAUUUUGGUUAAUUAUUAAUCUGUCGUAUAUUCCACCUUGACAAUAUCUUUUUUCUAAGUUUUUCUUAUAAUUCAACUGUAGUCUCACUCUGGCUUGUUCGAUUUGAACAUUAAUUGACGUUACAUAAUUCUUGGUGAAUGUGCUAUAGUAUCAUUGCCUUUACGUUAACCCAAAACAUGCCAGCAUUCUAGAAAGAUUCAUGUUGGUCCCGCGGACUGACUAGGCAUCUGCUUUGACAGUUUCUUCUUGGCCUUUUGCCUUGAAAUUUUGUUUUAUGCGCAAUAUAUUUCUCUCUAUAACUUUCUCAGACUGGAGAAUGUAUGUAUAUGUUCUUGACAUAAACUGUUGUAGUUCUUCAUGUACGCUUUGUUCAUGUACAACUAUCAAUGACCUUCACUCUGCUUCUUUUUAUUAAGAAUACAAGGAUGCUCCCAGGAAAUCGGUCCUCAAUGUCAACGUGUUUACAUUUAUGUACCUGAUGUAUCAUUUGAGGUCAGAACAUCCUAGAACCUUGUACAUGUACUAUUUACAAGCGCACAUGAUGCGGGGAACCAUGACUGUAAAGUCAACCAUCUAUCUUUCAUAUUUUCAUCUCACCCUGAUGUUAAUAGUUUCUAAGGCAUUUCAAAGAUGAAUUAAUUUAUUCUUUUUUCCAACCUGAUUAAAACUAUGGUCAGAAAUCCCAGUAUCUAUGUUUGUUACUCUCUCUUCGAGUCCCAAGACCACACAUUGUCUUCGUUAAGAGAAUACAUGAAUUAGAUAAUCUUAUGUUCUUUUCCUCUAGUGAUUUUUGCGGAUAUUUUCUGUUUUGUCAACUUGCAUAGGAGUCUGGCCCUCUCAUGCUGUGGUUGAGCCUGUGGAAACCAACUUAGUUUUUCAAUUUUGCAAAUGAGACAGAAUGCAAAUCCUACCAGACUUACUUUAAUCUGAUUUUUUCCUUUCUCCUACACAGUUUAUUCUUCCUUGCACGCUUCUUAUCAUUUAAAUAUUGUAAUAUAAGUAGACGAUGAACGAUUUUCCUACUUCCAGAAUUGUGCUCUGGGAACUCCAAGAAAUGGGAAAUGUUGUGUGUCAUGGCAGCUUGGGAGAUACAGAGGGAAUAAGUAUUGUAUAAUACAUGAAUUCUUCUUCUUAAAAAUUACUCAAAAGAAUGUUCUUAUUCUUAGUGUGAAGAGUUGAUCAAAUUUUGGAGAGACAUUGGCAUGAAGAUGGCGUGAGAAAGCUUGCCUGAUGUUUCUGUGUUUGUGCAUGAUCACUGUUCAUUUAAACCCUAAUUAUGUAAUAUCCUUAUGCUUCUGUGCUCGUCUAGGUGAGAUUUAUGGUAUAAAUAUUUGUAAUAUUUGUUGGCUCAGUCAAGUACGGGAGGUGAAUGAUAAGUAAUUCUAUGGUUGAAGUCUUUUGUUAGAGAACAUAGGCUAUUUGGUUAAAAAUGUAUUUGGCUGUAUAAUUAUCUAGCUUCUUACAACACUUUUGGAAGUGCUGACUAUCUUGAGCAAGUGGUUGGGCGAACUGCUUCAGAUUUCUCUUCGAGGUAGAUGUGGACGACAUAACACUCAUUGACUACUUUGGUCCUUUUGUAUUGAUCUUGGAGUAAGAAACUUCUUUUGGAAUUGCUAAGGUGCAUGAGGUCUAUUUGGAACAUGUUUUCCAUGUUGCUAGAUUUCUAAUUAGUCAUAAAGGUUUAAUCAAGCAUGUACCGCUCUAAAAUAUACUGUACCUAGACAUUCUAUGUCAAUUUCACGAGUUAUUAUUCGAUUAUUGAGUAGACAAGGUCUAUUAGCAUGCAUGCUAACAAUUGGAUUUUAUUAUCUCUUCCAUCUUUAUGUGUGAUGGUAACCCCAGCGAGUGUAUAUUUGUUAUUUCUAGCAGUAGAAUGUCUACCAUCAGGCAACCUGUUCCCCUGAAAAGGAUGGCGAAUUGCUCUACACAUAAUCAAUGUAAUUGUGCCAGCUUUGCUUCACGCGGAUAUUUUUUUUUGAGAGGAAUACGAAUUUCGUCGUCUUGGCUGUCAAAGUUGUAAGGCACAGUCAUAUAGUGUGCUCACUUUCAUCCAUAAAAUGGCCAUCUAAAAUGAUCAUAUCUACGACUAAGUGAACAGAUUAUUAUCACUAGAACAGCAUUUCACCCAGAUAAAAUACUUAUGUUCGAACAAACACAGACUUAUUUUCGUUGGUGCCAUUUAUCAGCUCUUGCAAUAUUGAUGCAUGAUCCACGUGGAAUUUGAUGCCAGUUGCCAUGGUUUAUUCAACUGAAGGUGCCAAUUUAGAGUUCAUUGGCUUUCAAACUGCAGAUAUGGCUAUGCAUUUCACCUCGGAUCAGCAUUGAUUUCCUGGUGUAGCAAAAAAACACCAUUCUUCAUUCUCGCCCACUGCUGAAGAAUGCCAGGCUUUAACUGUUGCCAUUGCAGGACUUUAAUAGUUGGUAAGGACGCCUCAAGACUUGAGUCAAAGUUCAUAAUAAGGGCAUAAAACCCUAGUGCUUUGUGAGGUCAAAUGCUCAAUGCGGUCCCAUGCUUUUGGAAAUAAUGUGACAUCUUUUUUGUUGAGUCAUUUUUUUCAUGUUUGAGGGGGCUGUCAUUUCCAAAACUUGCUACCUGAUGAAUGCCAGAUCAUUCCAUCCCAUGAAAUUGGUAUGAAGUAAAUAUGAUUGACCGUAUGUUAGUGGUAUUGAAUCCUGCAGCUCCUACAUGAUUAUUUUUGGAAAUUUUCUUCUACAGUCGAUACUUAAUGUGCCAGUAUCAUUUUAGAAUGAUUAUUUUGUUGAAGUCUCAUGACGUGAAUUCAUCCUCUGCAGAAUUCGUAUAGGAAUCACACCUACUCGACAUUGUGUUGAUAGAGAGAUAACUUAACUCCUUUUUACUGGACAUUUUUAUCAUGGUAGAUUGGUAUUUCAUCUAGGCAUUUGGUCAAUAACACAAAUGAGAUUGUUAUUUGUGAGGAUGAAAGCAUCACAGUACUCGAUCACUUGUAGAUUGCUAUUUGUAUAACUUGGGGAGACCAUGCAGCAAUAAUCAUCAAGUAUUCCUGUCGUCUGUAGCAUUGCAGUGUGAAUUACUGUUAUAAUGUUGGGCAUUCUUGCAAUUUUUAUUUAUUUAUAAUAUAGUUCGCUUAUUUUUUAUGUUUCAGUUAGAUGUACAUUUUUCUUGGUUUUCGCCUUAUUAUUAUUAUUAUUGUGCCCUCUAAUUAUGAUAUCAAAUCACAGUUCUUCCAUCAUUUUAUAAGGAAGCAUGGAUUUUUGUUCAAUCUUGGCUCGAUACUUAGACUUUUUGUACUUCGGAACUUGGUCUGGCCCAGGUUCCAGUGAGAUCUUCCACUCCUAGUGGGUACACCCAGCCGAUGCACCGCCACAGGGGCCCAAGCCCGGCUCAGUGGGGACCUCGAGCGGCGGCGCCGCCGGCACAGCAGAUCCCAGUUUAUGACUACCAGCAGAGAGGUCCAUAUACCACCCAGCCAUCGCAUUACCCUCCACCCGCGGUGCACGGCGGCGGCUACCCGCAGCAACCACCGCCCCGCAGUGGCUUCGGCCCAGGCUGGGACCAGAGGUCCGCCGCCCCUCCCAUCCAGACCUCUCAGAAAGCCAGCUACGACUACUACAGACAAGGCCCCCAACCAGUCGAUGUUGGCCCAGGUCCCGCCACCGCCUCCGGCGGCGCGCCGCCUGCUCCGGCGGGCUACUACGGGCAGCCGCAAGGUCCGGGCUAUGGCCAGCCAGCUGCUUAUCCGCAAUCUACACCAGGGUACGAUGAGCCAAGGUAUGACAGCCAACCCCCCUCCGCACAGCAGGUCUACGGUCAGCCGCCGCCCCUGAGCUCGCAGUCCGGCAUGUACCCCCAUGGAAGCGCCGGCCCGCCGCCGUCGGGCUACACCCAGCAGCAGGCGUACCCGAAGCCAUCAUCUUACGGCGGCGCUCCGCCGGUCUACGGCGGCGCCCCCAGGCCUUCGCAGCCCGGGGACCAAAUGUACCAAGGCUCUUCAGCUCCGCAGUAUGGAACCGCAGCCCCCCCUCAGCAGCAGCAGCAGCAGCAACAGCAGCCGUAUCCUUACGGAGCCAGCACGGCGUAUCAGCAGGCUCCGGCAUACGGCCAGUCGUACGGGCCGCCGCCCACCGGCGCGGCCGACAGUUACGCCCAGUAUCCUCAGCAGGCUGGGCAGGCGGCGGCGGCGCCUGGUUACGCUCCCCCGGCGGGUGUCUACUCUCAAGGUGCUCCACCCAGCGGCUACGGCCAGUACCCGACCACCGCACCGGGCUACGGCGAGCAGCAGCCCAUUGCUGAUAAUGCAGGCUAUGGUUACCCCGGCGCGCCUGCUCCGGCGGCAGCGCCGGAGGCGUCGUACGGCACCAACAAUCUCUCAGCUACAGGGUACGCCGUGCAGCCGCCGCCGGCGGGCGGACAGGCGGCGUAUCCUCCGCUCAGCUCUAAUGCCACAGGGUACGAGCAGCCGGCCUCGGUGCCGCCGCAGUCGGGUGGCGCGCCAGCCAGCUACGCCAAGAGCUCUUCCCCUCAGACCGCCGUGUACGGCCAGUAUGAUGCCUCCCAAAUGUACGCCCAGCCAUGA